AUGGCAAACCUCAGCUUUCGGGCAAAAGGUGAUGUGAGCAUCUGCUUCGCGGCCAAGGUUGUGAGCUAUCCCGUGCAGCACGGCGACACUUUGGAUGAUGCAAUGCAGGCCGAAGGAAGCUCUUUAGCACAGCUCUCCUUGCUGGCAAGUGACAUCAAAGAAGGGGCCAGAUGGCGUUGCUGGAUCAAGGCUGAUGGCGGGCAUCCGAUCAGUGCAUUGGACGCGCCAGCGCGCGCUUGGACGGCUGUUGCAAAGCCUGUGCACACCACCAACCUGCACGUCGUGUGCGUCCGUUCCGAAGACAUCAACAUCUCUGGCUCCCUGUAUCGCAACAAGCUGAAGUACGCGGCCUUCAAGAGGAAGCACAUGAACUCCAACCCUCGACAGGGGCCUUUCCAUUACCGAGCACCCUCCAAGAUCCUUUGGCGCACCAUCCGUGGAAUGGUUCCCCACAAGACCGCCCGUGGCGCAGCCGCCCUGGACAGGCUGAAGACCUUCGAGGGCAUCCCUCACCCCUACGAUCGCAAGAAGCGAAUGGUGGUCCCCAGCUGCCUGAAAGUCCUCCGCCUGCGCCCCGAGCGACGCUUCUGCCGCCUCGGCGACCUCUCCAAGGAG